AUAUAUAUACCGACCCAGUCCCGCCCGCUGCCUACUGAAUCCAGUCAUCGUCCAAAAAGCAGUAGCAAACUACUACCAGGUCGUCCUCCCGUCAGCUUUGUUUCCAUACAUAUUUAUGCAAUCAAAUUCACCAUCCUCCAACCCCUUUUCACAACCCUCCACCAUUCCAAUCCCCACUCUCUUCUCCUCCCAGCAAACCCCAAGCUCUUACCUCAUCAAGAAAUGCAUAGCUCUCCUCCUCUCUUGCGCUUCUUCAACCCCCAAGCUCCGCCAAGUCCACGCCUUCUCCAUCCGACAUGGCCUCCCUCUCACCAACCCAGAUAUGGGCAAGCACCUCAUCUUCACCAUUGUCUCUCUCUCUGCCCCAAUGGCGUAUGCGUACAAUGUGUUUAGGAAUCUUCAAGCCCCGAAUGUGUUCACUUGGAACACGAUGAUUAGAGGGUAUGCUGAGAGCGACGACGCCAGGCCUGCUGUGGAUGUGUUUAGGAGGAUGAGAUGGGUGGGUGUGGAGAGUGACACGCAUACGUACCCUUUUGUGUUGAAGGCUAUAGGGAGGCUGAUGGAUGGGAGAGAGGCGGAGAGGGUUCAUGGGGGUGUGGUGAGAAAUGGGUUUGAGGAGUUGGUGUUUGUGAGGAAUGCAUUGGUGCAUGUUUAUGCUGCGUGUGGGGAGGUGGGGAGUGCGCAUAAGGUGUUUGAGGGAAUGUCUGAGAGGAAUUUGGUCACGUGGAAUUCGGUGAUUAAUGGGUUUGCGUUGAAUGGGAGGCCGAAUGAGGCGUUGACGUUGUUUAGGGAAAUGGGGGUUGAGGGUGUGGAGCCGGAUGGGUUUACGAUGGUUAGUUUGCUUACGGCUUGUGCGGAGCUUGGGGCUUUGGCGUUGGGGAGGAGGGCGCAGGGUUAUAUGUUUAAGGUUGGGUUGGAUAGGAAUCUACAUGCUGCGAAUGCGCUUUUGGAUGUUUAUGCCAAAUGUGGGAAGAUAAGGGAGGCGAGUAGGGUUUUUUAUGAGAUGGAGGAAAAGAGUGUUGUGUCGUGGACUUCUUUGAUCGUUGGGUUGGCUGUUAAUGGUUUUGGUUUUGAGGCGCUUGAGUUGUUCAAGGAAUUGGAGAGGGAAGGUUUGGUCCCUAGUGAGAUUACUUUUGUCGGGGUGCUUUAUGCUUGUAGUCAUUGCGGGAUGGUUGAUGAGGGAUUUGCUUACUUUAAUAAAAUGAUAGAGGAGUUCAGGAUAAUGCCGAAAAUAGAACAUUAUGGAUGCAUGGUUGAUUUGUUGGGGAGGGCUGGCUUAGUGAAGCAAGCAUAUGAAUAUAUUAAGAACAUGCCGUUGCCACCCAAUGCUGUUAUAUGGAGGACAUUGUUAGGGGCCUGCGCUAAUCAUGGGCAUUUGGCUUUAGGAGAGAUUGCAAAAGUACAGCUUCAGAAAUUAGAGCCUAAACAUUGUGGGGAUUAUGUGCUCCUUUCCAACCUUUACGCUUCUGAAAGACGCUGGUCGGAGGUGCAAAAGGUUAGGAAGACAAUGCUAAAUGAAGGAAUAAGGAAAGUCCCGGGGCAUAGUUUAGUUGAGUUGGGAAAUAAUGUCCAUGAAUUUGUUAUGGGAGAUAGAUCACAUCCACAAAGUGAUGAUAUAUAUGCAAAGCUAGCUGAGAUUACAAUGUUGUUACGACUAGAAGGUUAUAUGCCUCGCACCACCAAUGUGCUCGCCGACAUUGAAGAGGAGGAAAAGGAGACUGCUCUAUCAUAUCACAGUGAGAAGAUUGCAAUUGCAUUCAUGCUCAUUAAUACCCCACCUUGCACCCCUAUCAGUGUUGUAAAGAAUCUGAGGGUUUGUGCAGAUUGCCAUCUAGCAAUAAAACUCAUAUCCAAGGUUUUCAACCGAGAAAUUGUUGUGAGAGAUCGGAGUAGAUUCCACCAUUUUAGAAAUGGUUCAUGUUCUUGUAGAGAUUAUUGGUAAACUUUUGUUAACGUCAUCAAAAUUUAAAGAACUGCAAUUUGAGAAA